AUGCCCCUCAAAGUAUUCUUCUCCCAGAACAAUUUUGAUGUUGAGGGAUCGGGGGCCCCCAGGACCUUGGGGGCCUUCUUUGGGGCAAAGGGGGGCCCCAAGGGGCCUCCUAAAGGGCCCCCCAAGGGGCCCCCCAAUGGGCGCCUCAAAGGGUCCUCCAAAGGGGCCCCCAUGGGGGCCUCCAAGGGGGCCUUAGAGUAG